AUGGCUUUUCUUCUACCAAAUCUCCAACCUUAUCUUCAAAGUCAAUCCAAAUGCAAAUCCAAAUCCAAUGACAACCCUCUUCAUCAAACCCUUUCACAACCAAAACCCACUUCUCAUUUUCUUGCAUCUUCAACAUCCCCAGUUUCUUCUUCUCCCUUAGCCACCCUUCAAACUUCAACUUCACAACAACAACUUCCAAAAGAUGAAUUCUAUGUCAACCUUGGACUUGCUGUGCGAACUCUCCGCGAAGACAUGCCUAUGAUCUUCAUCAAAGACCUCAAUUAUGAUAUCUAUAGGGAUGAUAUAACAUUUUUGGACCCUUUGAACACAUUUACCGGAAUUGAAAAGUACAAAUUGAUCUUCUGGGCAUUAAGGUUUCAUGGAAAACUCUUGUUUCAUGAGAUAUCACUUGACGUAUACAGAGUAUGGCAACCUUCAAAGAAUGUGAUAUUGAUUAGGUGGAACCUUAAAGGCGUGCCGCGUGUCCCUUGGGAAGCUAAAGGAGAAUUUCAAGGCACUUCAAAGUAUAAGUUGGACAAAAAUGGCAAGAUUUAUGAACACAAAGUUGAUAACUUAGCAUUCAAUUUUCCACAAAAUAUUAAACCAGUUUCAGUUUUGGAUUUAAUUACAUCUUGCCCUGCUAAUCCAAAUCCAACAUUUUUGUGGGGUUAUGUGGAUAUCUACUCUUCUUCAUGGAUAAUUUUAUAUUACAUAUAUAUAUAA